AUGGCUUCUGAGCACCAAAUGCCAGCCUCCAAGCAGCAGCAAGCCAGCUCCAAGAUUGCCAUCUUUGAGCAGGAGAACUUCCAGGGCCGCUGCCAUGAGCUCAGCAGUGCCUGCCCCAACCUGAAGGAAGCCGGCGUGGACAAAGUGGGCUCCAUCCUCGUGCAUUCUGGACCCUGGGUGGGCUACGAGCAGGCAAGCUGCAAAGGGGAGCAGUUUGUGUUUGAGAAGGGGGAGUACCCCCGCUGGGACUCCUGGACCAACAGCCGGAGAAGCGACAGCAUCACGUCCCUGAGACCCAUCAAAGUGGACAGCCAGGAGCACAAGAUCGUGCUGUAUGAAAACCCCAGCUUCACCGGCAAGAAGAUCGAAAUCAUAGACGACGAUGUGCCCAGCUUCCAUGCGCACGGCUACCAGGAGAAGGUCUCAUCCGUGCGGGUGCAGAGCGGCACGUGGGUGGGAUACCAGUAUCCCGGCUACAGGGGCUACCAGUACCUGUUUGAAAAGGGGGACUACAAGGACAGCUCAGAUUUUGGCGCUCAGCACCCCCAGAUCCAGUCAGUCAGGCGCAUCCGGGACAUGCAGUGGCACCAGCGCGGCGCCUACCACCCCACCAACUAG